AUGGAAAUGAGGUGGUGGCUGCGCUCGUGUAACGAGCUGCCUACGUACCCUGUUUUAGGGAUCAAGCCAGAACGUAGUUCGAUUGAAAUGAUGCCUUGUGAUCAAGAAUCGUCCUCCUUUUAUAGCUCCGAAGUAGAUCGCAACCUCCUCCGCGUAUCUCGUCCACGUGCAACUACCGAUCCCGCUAUUUCCGGAUCUGAACAGUCGAAGCGAGAUUCUCGUUUGACUCGUUCAAACUCAGCUUGCGGACUUGACUCCGUCGAGCUAGAGCUCGACUUCGUCUUCACAAGUAGCUCGGACAGUAAACAGCUGGAUUUUGGACAAGGAUACUUGGUGGGCUCGAGGUCAUUUUACUGGGCCUGA